AUGAGCACUCUCACUCCUCACAUCUCCAUCCUCACCCUCGACCCCAACACCACCCACCGUCUCAACGCCUGCGCCUACCAACAAUCCGCCCUCACCACCCUGGCCAACACCCAGUACGCCGCCUUCUACACCCCCACCGCCGACCCGUCCACACGCUGGGUGACGCUUGCCCGCCGGACCUUGCAGUCUUCGCAAUGGCACCAUCUCACCUUCACCGACUACCCCCAACGCACCGACGACGGCCACAACACCAUCUCCAUUGGGAUCUGUGCCGGGGACGGCACCAUCCACGUGGCCUUUGACCAUCACUGCGACGAGCUGCACUACCGCAUCUCGCGCGCGGGACUCGCCUACGACGCCCGCGCCGCAAGCUGGACGGCCGCCAGUUUUGGGGGAGUGCAAUCCCAUCUCCCGGGAUGGGUCGCCUUAAUAGACGUGACGUAUCCGCGGUUCGUGUCCGCGGGGAGGAAAUUGUUGUUCGAGUGUAGGAUUGGCCGAGCAGGCGCCGGGUCGGAGGCGCUGUAUCUCUACACCCCCAGAACAUACACCCCCCACACCACCCCCCAAUCCCUCUACCUCCAUGGCGACCACUGCAACCCCUACCCCAACGGUCUCUCAUUCCACGCCCCCACCAACACCCUGCAUCUCACCUGGACGAACCGCCACUUCGUCGCCUACGACGGCGCCACCGACGCAGCGUCCACCGCACAUAAAGCGCAGGCAGGCCCCAACGGCCCGGAGAAUAACGAGGGGUUGUACUAUAUCUCGGCUGUUCUAGCAGAGGAACCUGAUGGACGAACGGUGGGGAUAGAAUGGAAGGACUUGCAGGGAGAAAGUCUCAUGUCUGCCUCCUUCGCCCAAAUCACCCCGAUCGGGGAGGUAAACGGCGCAGGAUUAGACUCGCAGGACCCCCGUCUCCGCGUCAGAGAUAUCCCUCGCGGCAGCGGCAUCAUGAACCAGGAAGGGCAGUUCGUGGAUCCCCGCGGCGGGGUGCAUGUUUUGAACCGCGAGAACACGCGCGGACGCGAGGCGUGGGUUUAUUACUCGUUCGGUCCCACAGGCUGGGAGAGUUGGCCCGUCGAGGGGGUCAGUCCUACCGAGACGGGGCGGAGGGGGAAGGUUGUGUGGUGUGCCGGGGUGGUGUGGUUGGUGUUGCCGGAGAAUGAGAGGGAGGAGAUGGUGCUAGGGCGGUGGGUGGACCAGAAGUUUGUGGUCGUCUGGAGGGGGGCGGGCGUCACUGGGGAGCCCUUGGUCGAUGAGGUUGCGUUACUGCAGGACGUUUUAUCAUUUCUGGCGCUUAGGGUUGUCGGGGAUGGGAGGGAGGUUGUCGUGCUUGAUUUUGAUCUCACCCGGUGGUCAGCCCUACCUUGA